AUGGCUUUUAAGGUUCUAUGUAUCAUAGCUGUAUGUGCUGUAGUAGCGAUAUCAGCGGAGGAAGGUCACUCGUCCCAGUACAUCCACAAGCACGACGACCACCAUCAAAAAGUGGAAAUAAAAGACGAGCACGGACAUCAUCACGUUGACUACUAUACCCACCCCAAGUACGAGUUUGAAUACAAAGUAAAGAACCCCCACACGGGCGACCAUAAGGUGCAGCAUGAGCAUCGUCACGAAGACAGUGUGAAGGGACACUACUCGCUACAGGACCCCGAUGGUACCGACAGACAUGUUCACUACCACGCUGACAAACAUUCCGGUUUCCACGCGGAUGUGAAACACAGCACUCAUCACAUCGUGCCACAUCAUCAUAAGCAUCAUUAAACUUAAUUGUUUGUUUCAUUUUAUUAUUUUUUUUUUUGUUUUAUCUUUGUAUAUUGUUGUUUUUAUGUCCUAAUAAAUAUAUUUUUAAUAAAUCAUACUAAUUUAAAAAAAUAAAACCUGCAUUUUUACCU